AAUUUACCAGAGAAACAAAUGUGACGUCAGUGAGUGGGCGGGUCAGGAAUCUGUUUCCGGAAACAUGGAGGCUGUAGUGAGCGAUGUGGUAGCUCCUGAAGACCUUUUAAAAUUUGAGAAGAAAUACAACAAUGAGCUGAUGAAAGGAGCUGUCUCCAAAGACACCAAGUUUGAAUAUGCUUGGUGUCUGAUCAGGAGUAAAUACACUGACGAUAUCAAGAAGGGAAUCGUGCUCAUGGAAGAACUUGUUCAAAAAGCCUCAAAGGACGACUCUCGGGACUUCUUGUUCUACCUUGGUGUUGCGAACUACAGACUCAAAGAAUAUGAGAAAGCUCUUAAGUACAUCCGGACUCUUCAAAGGAAUGAGCCAGGGAACAAGCAGGCUCAGGAUCUGGAGAAACUCAUCGACAAGGCUUUGAAGAAAGAUGGCCUGGUCGGCAUAGCGAUUGUCGGGGGGCUCGGCGUUGCCAUUGCCGGUGUUGCGGGCCUCAUUGGCCUGGCUGUGUCGAAGGGAGCUAAAUCCUAACCCGGACACAGGACUACGUGUCUUGAUUUUUGCUGGACUGACACACUGACUCUCCCCUGCAUACACAUUAAAAUUGAAAUGUUGCAAAUGCUUGAAGAGUUCUUGAAGGAUAUUGGUUUGAGGUUUAAUAUGAAAAAAAUCCAGCUCAAAGAGUUUAAAUAAUGUCCUGUUUUCAUACUUUAACAGUUUGGAUUCAUCAUAGAUACAUGAUUUAGUUGUCUAUUCUUUAUAUUAUUUGUGUAAAUAAAUUAGAAUACUAAAGGUGCAGCUCAGCUUUAUGUUAUCACGUAGUUGGUGUGCACUUCAGCCUAAACUUCUUACAUUUUUUGGUUUAAAAAUAUAUCCAUAAAGAGUGCAGUUGUGUUUCUGUAACUGUCUCUUAAGUUGAAUCACAGGGAAAGUGUUAAGGGUGCAGGAGGAAGUGUAGCUCGUAAUGCCAAAAGCAACAGUUUUGUUAGUUUCCUGAUGAGGUAGGAGGGGCUCUGCUGUGGAGGCUGUCGUUGUUCAGUUGUAUGUGCGACCUGAGGCUUCUAUUCAUUUCUUCUGAAUACUCAUUUUAAUAAAGGGAGGCAAUGCACGUUUUGGAAAUAUGUAUCCUUUGUUAUGUAUAUUGCACCCCAACAUUGACCUGUGUUGCAUUUAAUUGCUUGUGUUUUCCAGAUUGUCAAAUAAAAUGAUUUUGAACUAAAA